GUAAGUGGGACCAGCGGGUCGGGGUGACAUCGCACUCACCAGCCAGCAAGCAACACCUCCGAGGAGAUGGGUUUGCUCAAGCUUCUCCUCCUGCUGCACUGCUCAGGCAGGAAGCCCUCUAUAAAACCCAGGACCUCCGAGAUUCCCACUGUGCCAUCUCAGACCCACUUUGCUCCCAGUGCGCUGAGAUCUCUGCUAGCCUCCAGACAUGAAGGUGCUGUGCGUGGUCUUUGCUGUGCUCCUGCUUUUCUCCUUGGCCACUCCAGGGUACGGGCAGUUCAAGGGCAGGUGUGCUGGGUACUGUUCCCACAUGUGUGCCAAGAGGGAUGAGUGGACUUUCAGCCAGUCCUGUGGGAAGAUGUACUGCUGCAUCCCCCCACCCAAAAAGGGGAAGUGAUUGUGAAAGUGCCCAGCCAUGGAGGAAGAGCAGCAGUGGAGCUCCCAGCACUGUAUUCAUGGUGUGGCCAACACCGUGUUCACUGCUUUGAAGUAAAGAUGGGCGGAUGU